AGUUUAUAGCGUCAGACACGCAGAACGCGGUUAUUUUGACAUGAGCUCUGUAGAGAAAACUACCCACAAAACUUGAUCAUUUUAUGUGAGUGCUUUAUCCUUAGCAUGUUGUUUAAAUGUCAGUAGUAUGGACAAAAUUCUUGUGCUUAUUCUACUCUCACUUCCAACAGUUGCUCCAAAAGGCUCUCAUUCUUUGUGGUUGCUUGCAACUUACAUUAAAGGACAAACACCCUUUCCUCAAUUCAGUUACAUAUUGAUGUUGGAUGAUAUCAGACUUCUGUAUUACAACGGUGAGACAAAGACCUCCGUGCGAAGAGGAAAUACGACAAAUGAAGAUACUGUGUUUGAUUAUAAUGUUCUUUUCACCAUAAGUAACUACAUCGAAGCAUCUUUUAUAGAAAAAUGGACAGUAGCAACUCAAAACCUAAAUAAUACAAACAGUAUAGGUCCUCUUGCCUUUCAGAGACUGGUUUUGUGUGAGCUGAAGGAUAAUGGUGAGCCGGGAAAAAUGAUCACACGAGAUGCUUUCCAAGGCUUCACCACAGAAGAGUUGCGAUAUACUGACAAUAAAUUUACUUUCCAUGGUAAAGUAAAUAUCACAGCUCAAGUGCUGAAAAUCCAUCUUGACAUCUCUAUGUGGCGUCAUGAAAAUGUAUACUACCCAACCUGCAUAAAAAUUCUAAAGCGUUACCUUGAGAAAAGGCGAAAUCAAGUUAAUAGAAAAGUGAAACCCAAAGUCAGGCUCAUCCAGACAGAUCUGUCUUCUGGGUCUCGGGUGAUGUGUCUGGCCACAGGAUUUUACCCUCGUCACAUCAAUCUGACCCUGUUCAGAGAUGGACAGCCUGUAUCUGAUCAUAAGAUUACUGGAGGAGAUCUGCUGCCCAAUGAUGAUGGGACGUACCAGAUGAGGAAGAUCCUGAAAAUCAGCAAAAAAGAACAGAGGGAGAAACACAAAUACACCUGCACUGCCACACAUCUCAGUCUGGACAACAAACUGGACAUCACUUUGGAGAACGAUGGGACACCAUUAACACCAGUGCUUUCCACAGUCCUAACAAUUUUGGCAUUGGUUAUUGUGACUGUGGCUGCAGUUAUUAUAUGGAGAAAAAGACAUGCAAGUAACACAGGAGCUUCUGGUAGAAGUGAAUAUACCUCCGCUUCUACAUCUGAAGAAAAUGUGGACAGAACAUUACAAAGUUCAUGAAUCUUGAUGGCAUGAAGUUACAGGAAUGAAGCUGCCAUGUAGGCUAUUUGUGUUUAUGGUUUGUCAUGUCUUCUAUUUUAUAUGAUGUUCAUGAUAUGACAUAUCAGGGCGAAAUCCAAUUGGAAGUGAUCAUCCCUAUGCCUAUUC